AUGACGACGCGAAGAGAUGAGAGGGGGUCGUGGGCGGUCACGGCGACGGACGCGGAGGACGAACGGCGAGGGAUCGAGCGCGUGGGGGCGCGGGAAGGAAUAUUUAGCGCGCGCGAGGAAACCAGGGCGGAGGCGCGGGCGCGCGUGGAGGCGACGUUGGAGUCGUUCGACGAGCGGUUAGCGAGAGCGAGGGCGAGAGCGGAGGAAGCGCGGGUGGAUGCGGAGCGCAUCGAGAGAUUGUUGAGCGAGAGCGGGCGAUUCAGAGGGGGUGGGCAGAGCGACGCGGCGACGUCCAGGGACGAGGGACGCGCGAGACGGUCCACGGGUGCCGCGAUCUCACCCGAGAGGCAAUCGCUACAUAGACCGACGCCUAGAUGGGGGCUCGGCGCCAGCGUAGAUGGUACGGAGUGGACCACGCAUCGCGGACCUUCGCGUACGUUUGGUGAGUUUGGACGCGGCGACCGGCAUUCGGACGUCUCCGUGGGGAGCGACGAGGACGGACGGAGCGCGUUUCGGGCGCCGAGGGCGGUACCAGUCAUUCGUGCGGACAGAGAUAUUAUUCCGCAGGGUUUAAGCACGCCGCCGAGGAUGCGCGUUCGCGCGGAACCGCCCGCUCCGGUGCGGCGGCGGACGAGAAGCGUCGAUUUGACGACUCAUCCGCCUUUUCCUUCAGACUUGACGCAGAGAGUACAUACGUCUGUAGAGAUAGAGACUUCGAGAGUGUCGACGAAUUCACUUUUGGAAGCCGUCGCCAAUGAAGCAGAGUUCGAGAGACUUCGACGGAGCAGCGUUGAGGACGACGAUCAACCAGUUGAAACGAAACCACGUAUGCCAUAA